ACCACUCACUGAGGACAUCAGGGCUGCGCUGCUGAACGCUGCCAAUACAUCACAAAGCCCCUGCUCCUCCGCUAGUUUUCCUCAAUUCUCUCCCCUGAAGAAAGACGAAAAGCGCAUGCGCGGCUCUGUAGCAGACCUGCGCGCUCUCGUGGGAAUGACCGGCUGCCUGGGUGAAAAGUAAAGACUGGAUAAAAGUCUCUCAAGGUCAUCUAAUUCCAUCUCCUUCUUAUGAAAUAGAAAGUAAUCAAUCCCAACUUAGCAAUAAUAGAACCGGGCAUAUUCUGGGUGAGAUGUCUGCAAAUUCUGAAUAUGGGAAUGAUUUUAAAAAUAAUGCUAAUCUUUCUGUGCACAAUGAAAUUCAGAAAGAUGAACGGUCAUGUUCUGAAAGAGAGAAAACUUUUAAUGUGCUAUCAAGUCUUGCUGAAAAUCAGACAAAUGACACAGGAGAGAAGCCAUAUUCAUGUUCAGAAUGUGGGAAGUGUUUUUGUCAGAAAUCACAUCUUGUUGAACAUCAGAAAACUCACGCAGGGGAGAAGCCAUUUUCAUGUUUAGAAUGUGGGAAAUGUUUUAGUCGGAAAUCAAAUCUUGUUGAACAUCAGAAAACUCACAUAGGAGAGAAGCCAUUUUCAUGUUCGGAAUGUGGGAAAUGUUAUAGUGAUAAAUCAAGUCUUCUGAAACAUCAGAGAAUUCACACAGGAGAGAAGCCAUAUUCAUGUUCAGAAUGUGGGAAGUGUUUUCGUCUGAAAGCACAUCUUGUGAGACAUCAGAGAAUUCACACAGGGGAGAAGCCAUUUUCAUGUUCGGAAUGUGGGAAAUGUUAUAGUGAUAAAUCAAGUCUUCUGAAACAUCAGAGAAUUCACACAGGAGAGAAGCCAUAUUCAUGUUCAGAAUGUGGGAAGUGUUUUCGUCUGAAAGCACAUCUUCUGAGACAUCAGAGAAUUCACACAGGGGAGAAGCCAUUUUCAUGUUUAGAAUGUGGGAAAUGUUUUAGUCGGAAAUCAAAUCUUGUUGAACAUCAGAAAACUCACAUAGGAGAGAAGCCAUUUUCAUGUUCGGAAUGUGGGAAAUGUUAUAGUGAUAAAUCAAGUCUUCUGAAACAUCAGAGAAUUCACACAGGGGAGAAGCCAUAUUCAUGUUCAGAAUGUGGGAAGUGUUUUCGUCUGAAAGCACAUCUUUUGAUACAUCAGAGAAUUCACACAGGGGAGAAGCGAUUUUCAUGUUUAGAAUGUGGGAAAUGUUUUAGUCGGAAAUCACAUCUUGUUGAACAUCAAAAAACUCACACAGGAGAGAAGCCAUUUUCAUGUUCGGAAUGUGGGAAAUGUUUUAGUAACAAAUCAAAUCUUGAGGUACAUCAGAGAAUUCACACCGGAGUUAAGCCAUUUUCAUGCCCUGAAUGUGGGAAAUGUUUUAAUCAGAAAUCAGAUCUUGUGAAUCAUAUGAGAAAUUACACUGGCGAGAAGCCAUUUCCAUGUCCUGAAUGUGAAAAGUGUUUUAAUUCGAAAGCACAGCUUGAUAUACAUCUGAGAACUCACACAGGAGAGAAGCCAUAUUCGUGUCCUGAAUGUGAGAAGUGUUUUAAUUACAAAUCAAGUCUUGUGCAACAUCAGAGAAUUCACACCGGAGAGAAGCCAUUUUCUUGUCCUGAAUGUGAGAAGUGUUUUAAUAACAAAUCAAGUCUUGUGCAACAUCAGAGAAUUCACACCGGAGAGAAGCCAUUUUCAUGUCAUGAAUGUGGGAAAUAUUUUAAUGAAAAAUCAAAUCUUAAUUCACAUCUAAGAAAUCACACAGUAGAGAAGCCAUUUUCAUGUCCAGAAUGUGAGAAGUCUUUUAGUGAGAAAUCAAAUCUUCACAUAGGAGAGAAGCCAUUUUCAUGUUCGGAAUGUGGGAAAUGUUAUAGUGAUAAAUCAAGUCUUCUGAAACAUCAGAGUAUUCACACAGGAGAGAAGCCAUAUUCAUGUUCAGAAUGUGGGAAGUGUUUUCGCCUGAAAGCACAUCUUGUGAGACAUCAGAGAAUUCACACAGGGGAGAAGCCAUUUUCAUGUUUAGAAUGUGGGAAAUGUUUUAGUCAGAAAUCAAAUCUUGUUGAACAUCAGAAAACUCACAUAGGAGAGAAGCCAUUUUCAUGUUCGGAAUGUGGGAAAUGUUAUAGUGAUAAAUCAAGUCUUCUGAAACAUCAGAGAAUUCACACAGGAGAGAAGCCAUAUUUAUGUUCAGAAUGUGGGAACUGUUUUCGUCUGAAAUCACAUCUUGUGAGACAUCAGAGAAUUCACACAGGGGAGAAGCCAUUUUCCUGUUUAGAAUGUGGGAAAUGUUUUAGUCAGAAAUCACAUCUUGUUGAACAUCAGAGAAUUCACACCGGAGAGAAGCCAUUUUCUUGUCCCGAAUGUGAGAAGUGUUUUAAUAACAAAUCAAGUCUUGUGCAACAUCAGAGAAUUCACACCGGAGAGAAGCCAUUUUCAUGUCAUGAAUGUGGGAAAUAUUUUAAUGAAAAAUCAAAUCUUAAUUCACAUCUGAGAAAUCACACAGUAGAGAAGCCAUUUUCAUGUCCAGAAUGUGAGAAGUGUUUUAGUGAGAAAUCAAAUCUUGUUCGA